AUGGAGCUUAAGGAUUUUAAAACUGGAACCUGGAACGUACGAACAUUAUAUAAACCUGGAAAUUUGACGACAGCGAUAUUGGAACUUGAACGAUAUCGGCUGGACAUUAUUGCGGUUCAAGAAAUAAGGUGGACGGGAGAAGGAAGGUUAAAAACUGGAAAUUGGACGGUGUUUCAUAGUGGUGGCGAUGAACACCAGGGUGGUGUUGGUUUCAUUGUGAAUGACAAAAUAUUACAUAGAGUUAAGAAAUUUAAGGCAGUGAAUGACAGAAUUUGUCAUAUGGAGCUGGAGUGCCGAUGGUUUAACGUGAUACUAAUUAACGGGUACGCCCCAACUGAAGACAAAGAAGAUGAAGUCAAAGAUAUUUUUUACGAAAAUUUGGAAAAUGAGUGCGACCGGAUACCGACUAACAAGGCGAAUGAAAUUAAGAAUGGAUUUAAGACAAAAGCACAUAUAAAGGAUGAAGAAGGAUUACUAAUAACGGAUAAAAAAAAGGCUGCAAACGAGUUCAGGAACAUGUUUGAAACAAUGCUGAACCAACCCACUCAAGUAGAAGUGGAAGAAAACCUCAACACGGCUGAACAGAGAUUAGACGAACCCACGUUAAAAGAAGUAGAAAGGGCAGUAAAUAUGUUGAAAAAUAUGAAAGCACCAGGGGAAGACGCAAUUGUUGCAGAACUACUGAAAGAAGGAGGAAAAUAA